AUGGAAUGUAGUCACAAGAGUACCACUACACCAAUGACUGCCUCCACUCCAUCGUUCUCUCCCCCAUCUUCUUCUUCUCCUUCUCAAUCUCCCCCAAGUGUUUCUCUCUCAUCUCGACCAAUCAGUCUAAGCCCUUGUGCUGCAUGCAAAAUCCUUCGCCGUCGAUGCGUCGAGAAAUGCGUCUUAGCACCAUACUUUCCGUCCACUGAGCCACUCAAGUUCACCAUUGCCCAUAGAGUCUUCGGAGCUAGCAACAUCAUCAAGCUGUUGCAGGAACUCCCCGAGUCGCAGAAAGCUGACGCAGUGAGCAGCAUGAUUUACGAAGCAAAUGCGAGAAUCAAAGAUCCAGUUUACGGCUGCGCUGGUGCAAUUUGUCAGCUUCUAAAGCGAAUUAAUGAGCUCCAAGCAGAAUUGGCAAAGGCACAGGCAGAGCUAGUCAAUAUGCAAUGCCAACAGUCCAAUUUACUAGCCUUACUUGGCAUGGAAAUGUCACAGCCUCAAGAAAACAUCUUACAAACACCUCACCAAAGUUCAAAGUUGUGUUAUGAUCAUGAUAGAGAUCUCUUCAGUGAUUUGGAACCCCUUUGGGAUUGA